AUGCAUGGAACUCUGUCUCUGUCAGUAAUAUCAGUGGAGGUAUUGGGAUUCCAAAAUUUUGUUCAGAUGAGAAAUCCAGCUUUGGACAAAGAAGACAAUUUUUUAAAAGAAUUCUGGCAACAGACAUUUAAUUGUUUUCUCUCAAUGUCUUCUGUAAAGGAAGAGGAUGAGACUAUAUGCACUCAGGAGGAGAAACUUGAGAAUCUCCCCAUGACCGUGUUUGAAACCAGCAUGACUGCCCACAGCUACAGUGUCUACACUGCUGUCUAUGCAGUUGCACAUGCUUUGCAUAUUCUGUGCUCUUUCCAAGGCCAGCAAAGGACAAUGAGGAGGCAGAAAGUCCUCAAUCAAGAGUCAUGGAAGCUCCACCAUUUUCUCCAGAGCAUAUCAUUUAAUAGCAAUACUGGAGAGAUUUCCUUUGAUAAAAAUGGAGAAAUAAUUUCUGAGUUUGAUAUUGUAAACUGGAUCACAUUUCCAAAUCAGACAUUUCUUAGAGUCAAAGUUGGAAGGAUAGAUCCAGAAACUACCUCUGACAAACCACUGAUUAUUUCUGAAGAGAAGAUAAUUUGGCCCAACCGGUUUAAUCAGGAGCGGCCUCUUUCACUUUGUAAUAAUAAGUGCCUUUCAGGUUACAGAAAGACCAAAAUUGAAGGAAAAUUGUUUUGCUGUUAUGAUUGUACUCCAUGUCCAAAGGGCAAGAUCUCAGACAAAACAGAUAUGGAAGAUUGCUUUCAAUGCCCAGAAGAUCAAUAUCCAAACAAUAAACAGGAUUUAUGCUUGCCAAAAUAUAUAUCCUACCUGUCCUACAGAGACUUGUUGGGGACAGUCUUAGCCACAUCAGCUCUUGUACUUUCUUUUAUCACAAUCUUUGUGCUAGGAAUCUUCUUGAAGAACCACAACACUCCCAUCGUCAAAGCCAACAACCGUAGCCUCUCCUACACCCUGCUUAUCUCCCUCCUCCUCUCCUUCCUUUGUUCUCUGCUUUUCAUUGGCAGACCCAUGAAGGUGACCUGUCUCCUUCGACAGACUGCUUUUGGGAUCAUCUUCUCAGUGGCUGUUUCUUGCAUGUUGGCCAAAACCAUCACUGUGGUCCUUGCUUUCAUGGCCACCAAACCAGGAUCAAGGAUAAGGACAUGGAUUGGGAAAAGACUGUCUCUUUUCAUUGUUCUUUCCUGUUCUUUUAUUCAAAGUACUUUUUGUAUGGCAUGGCUUGGAAUUUCUCCUCCCUUCCCAGACUUUGAUAUGUGGUCUAUAAAUAGUGAAAUAAUUAUAGAAUGUAAUGAAGGUUCAGUUGCAAUGUUUUAUUCUGUUUUAGGUUUUAUGGGCUUCCUGGCCUUUAUUAGUUUUAUUGCAGCUUUCCUAGCCAGGAAGUUACCGGACACUUUCCAGGAAACCAAGUCGAUCACUUUCAGCAUGUUGGUGUUUUGCAGUGUCUGGUUAUCUUUUGUUCCUGCCUACAUAAGCACCAAAGGAAAAUACACAAUAGCUGUGGAGGUCUUUGCCAUCUUGGUCUCAAGUGCCGGGCUUCUGGCUUUUAUCUUUUUCACCAAAUGUUACAUUAUUAUAAUUAGACCAGAUCUUAAUAAAAGAGAACAAUUAAUAAAAAGAGUGAAUUAA